UUGAAAUCCGACACUGCGGAAAUAUUAGUAAUCACAACAGCAGCGGUUAGAACCAGAAGUGCUUUCCGUCAACACAAAGACGCUUUUAAAAGUCGAAUCAUCCAUUUGGGAAAAAGAGGGUAAAGUGGAUGUGUUACGUAUGGAAACGUCACUGAAACCCGUACAGACUAAAGAUUUCAAAAACAAAGACAAGUUGGUGAAAUGUACAGUCAUUGGAGACAGCGGGGUGGGUAAAACCUGUCUGUUGUUAACAUACGUCACCAGGAAAUACCCAAACUGCGUUCCAGCUUCCUUCGAGUGGCAUUUAGCUGGUUCAGAUUGGCGAUGCGGUACAUACCCAAGUGUUCAAGUGGAUGGCAUUAAAUAUAACUUGGAUUUUUCAGACACUUUGGGAAUGGACGAAUACAAACCAUUACGAGUUAUCGCCUACACCACGACUGACGUGUUUGUGAUCUGUUACGACAUCUCUAACCGCGAAUCGCUGACCAAUGCCACUGGGAAGUGGAUACUGGAGAUCAAACAGAGUGGAAUACACGCGCCGAUUAUCUUGGUUGGAACGAAGCUUGAUCUGAGGUCAAAUUACUCGGUGGCAGAGAGUCCGGGAGAUCAAACCAGAAGUCUGGAGGAUCAAAACAGUCUGGUACAACACAAAGAAGGACUUGAGGCGGCCAAACGCAUCCGAGCAGCAGACUAUAUCGAAUGUUCUGCUUUAACCAAUGAUGGGGUGACGUCCGUGUUUCUUACAGCUGCCCAUGCUGCUUUACACAAAAUAUCUCACAAGGAAACAUCAAAGAAACAAGGUUGCCACUGUGUUGUUCUUUAAGGAUGUUGGAUCCUGGAUAUUUGAUCCAUGCAACACUUAUGUAUUGGCACAGUUGCAUUUGAAAAUGUACACUCGGGGAAAAGAUGGUAGCAAUAUAAUACAGUCCAUUUGAUAAUCACGUUGUCAAAAUCUGCCCCCCCCCCCCCCCCCCCCCCCCACCACCGCAUAUAUUAUUACAAAGCAAGCUGCAUGGAGUAUAGUGCAACCAUAUUCAAAAUGUGAAUAUUAUUAAUACACGAUGUAUGAUUCUCUAACCUUUGAAUAAAACACUAAUUGCAUUGUAUAAUAAUCAGGAAUGUACGCAAUAAAUAGUUAGUUUGGGAUCUGAACAGUGAAAAUGGGUUAUUAAAUGUUUUUUAGAAGAUAGAAAUGAUUCUAUCAUUUUGUUUAACAACACAAUUUCAUUUCAAUGACAUUACAAGUUCAAAGUUUGCAUUGUUCUGGGUAGCGCGUUGUUCUUUUGUUGUGCGUGUGUUGAAGAUUUUAAAAUAAAUGUUAUUUGGUGUA